AUGGCAUCUCCAUUCUUCUUCAUCAACAAGAAAUCAGGAGAUCUACAACCAUGCCAAGACUACAGGAAACUCAAUGAUGCCACCAUCAAGAACACCUACCCCAUUCCACGAGUAGAAGAUCUACUAGAUCAUAUCACCUCUGCCAAAUCCACCAUGUUCACCAAGCUUGACUUAUGUGCAGGAUACAACAAUGUACGUAUCAAAGAAGGUGACAAAUGGAAGGGAGCUUUCAUUACUCCACAAGAGUUAUUCGAGCCAACAGUCAUGUUUUUUGGAAUGACAAAUUCCCUGGCAACCUUCCAAGCUAUGAUGGAUGGCAUCUUUGCAGAUUUACUACUAGAAGGAUGGUUGGUAAUCUACAUAUAUGACAUUCUGAUCUACUCUACCGAUCAUGCAGAACAUCAACAAUGCACUCAAAUGGUUCUCCAGCAUCUGAAAGAAUCAAAUCUGUUCCUCAAACCAGAGAAGUGUUUCUUUGACGUAUCUGAAGUAGAAUUUCUAGGGUUGAUUCUUCGACCAAGUCAAAUUGGAAUGGCCAAGGAUAAGGUGUCAGCAGUACUCAAUUGGCCAAAGAUCGACAGCAUUAAAGCACUACAACAGUUCCUAGGCUUUGCCAAUUUCUACCAAUGA